AUGUCGCGAGAAACGGAGCCGCUCCUCCCUCGAUACGAGGAGGACACCUCCCGUCAGCAGCUCCUCCACCAGAAGCUCCACUCCUAUCAGAUGAUCCGCGCGCUCGCCGAGGGGUACAUGCCGUCCAAUGACCAGGUCAUCGCCAAUCUACGCUCCCUUCUGGCCACCGAGUUCCUCAAUCCACAGAACCGCGAGAUCGGCUCGAUCGGCCGUCAGCUCGUCCGCGACUGUCGCAUCUGGAUCCAGGUGCUCAUCGAGCUCUUUCGCGACAAAAACGGCGACGAUCAGAUCCAGGAGUUCCUGUGGCAUCUAUCCAAAUCAAAGGCAUCCCUGGACCCGCGCCAGGUCUCGCAGCGGGCGUCAGCCUCAAAAGCCAGGGCCGAUACCAAGGCUGCCUACGAUAGCCUGCGCACCGUCGGAAGCCUCCUGCUCACCAACGCCGACUUCCGCAUCUUUGUGGAGGACGUCACCACCGUCGGCCGGCAAAUCUUCUCCGACACAGCGUUUUCCCUCUCCAAAACCACGCAACAAGUGGGGGAGGAAAUCAGACCAUCCCAGGAAGAAGUCAACGCGGUCCAAGGCGCCAAUGCGGACAGCGACCGCGCCCCCACCGGUGAGCAGCUGCGUGAAGAGGUGAACCACGUGGCCGAGGCGGCGGAGGAUGGUGUUGCGCGCACAGGACAGGAGGCCAUCGAGAGUGUCAAGGAACAUUUUGGGGAGCGGGAGCAGGAGACCCUACUGCACCGCUUGAAACAGACGGUGCUGAACCUCCGUGAUCGCACGGACUAUUCGGAUUCUGUGGCGACCUUGGCGCAGCUGGUACAACGCUAUGCGAGGGCAUACGCCAAUGCGGCCGCCGAUGUGGUCGAGACUGCGGAGGAAGAGGUCGACAUCAACGAGGAUCUCAAGCAGGCGAUGCAGCAUUUCUGGGCACUCCUCCAGUCGUUUGGGGACCGCGGGGCGUGGAAGCUGCUCGAACAGAAGUUUCAUCAGGUGAUGCGGCAUGCGAACAAAGAUCCUGAAUUUGAUGAACUCAUGUCGGAGAUCGGUGCGUCUGUCCAGGAGAUGAUGACCGAUCCCGCGUUCUAUGACUCGGCAAAUGAGAAGAUCAAGGAACUGGGCGAGAAGUCGAAGCAAGUGGGGAUGGAAUCCGACCUUCGCCAGGACAUGGAUGCCUUUUUGGCGCAGGCGAAACGGGCCAUCCGCACCAUCCCAGAAGACAAAGCUGUAUCAAAAUUGAUCGAUGCGACGAACAAGAUCUACCGCGACGCCCGGGAAGCCUACAGCGACCGGAAGGGACAAUUGCCUGCCGACGUAUGCGAGGUGUUUUUCCCUCUUGUCCUGCGCAGCAUACAAUACAUUCCAAUCCCGCGGCUGGAGGUAUCAGCCCCCGAGUUGGAUCUUCUGCUGGAGAAUCUGAUCUUGGAGCCCGGACAUACCGUCAAUUUCUCCUCGUUCCUUCCUUAUCGCAUGCAUCUCACCACACGGAACGAAAUUGACGUCGUGAAGAAGCAUUCCAAGCGAACCGUGACCGACUUGAAGACAAACUUCACCGUCAGUGUUAUGGGCCUGAAUGUCAGUGCUUCCGAGUUUGGAUAUUGGAUCCGAGCCCACCCGAAUCCAUUGUUCCGCUUCAACGACGAGGGCAUUGCAAGCUUCUACCUGGAUCGACGAGGAAUCGACAUUGCUCUCGAUGUCGAAGUGGGCCGCGAGCGUCUGGAGCAGAUAUUCACGCUCCGCGGCGUGCGAGUCCGAAUCAACAAGCUGAACUACAAGGUGAAGAGCAGCCGAUGGAAGUGGCUCCUGUGGCUGGCAAAGCCGUUCCUGAAACACCUGGUCCGUCGGGUCCUGGAGAAGAAGAUCGCACAGAACAUCGUGGACGCCGCUUUCGUGUUGAAUCGCGAGCUCGUCUUCGCGCGCGAACGCCUGCGCGCGGCGCGAAUCGCCAACCCCCACGACCUGUUCAGCUUUGUGCGGGCUGUGCUGGCGCGCCUGACGCCUGCGCCGAAUGAAGAUAUUGAGGCCCGCAUUGGCAUCGAGCCCCCCGGCACUGGCGUUUUCCAAGGCGUCUACGCUCCGGGCAGCCUUGUCAAGGUAUGGCACGAGGAAGCCACCCGGGCGCAGGAAGCCAUUGAGGAGGGUGACGAGAGUGGAGGGCUGGGACGGACAUGGCGCAAUGACAUCUUCGAUGUCCCGGUCGGGCGCAGGCGAGGAUAA